AUGACUAUUAUUGGACAGUGGUAUGGCACCCAUACGACUGAAGACAAAGUGCCAAAAAAGCACUUGACCAUCAAGUUCUGCAAUCUUGAAGAUGAUCUCAAGGCUGCCAUCUCUUAUUUAUCAUCUAAGAGCACCGCUAACAUGGCAGGCACUACUACCUUCACCUUGGAUAGCUUCGAUUCUAAUGAUGACUUAGACGACUCAGACAAUGACAUAGAUGGCUGA